UCAGCAGGGGGCGUCCGAGCUCGUUCGACUGGAACGGGGCGGAAGUGCCGGACCGAUCAGCCGACUGUCACGUGAUCUGCGCUUCGGGAGCCCCUUUUGCCGUUUUCUGUCGCCCGUUUAGCAAUCUCGGCGUUUUCACGAUGGCCGGCCGCGGAAAACUCAUCGCCGUGAUCGGCGACGAAGACACGUGUACCGGAUUCUUACUCGGUGGCAUCGGCGAACUCAACAAGAACCGAAAACCGAAUUUCCUGGUGGUGGAGAAGGACACGAGCGUCACGGAGAUCGAGGAGACCUUCAAGGGCUUCCUGGCUCGAAACGACAUCGGCAUCGUCCUCAUCAACCAGUUCAUCGCCGAAAUGAUCCGGCACGCCAUCGACGCUCACAUGCAGUCCAUCCCGGCCGUGCUGGAGAUCCCUUCCAAAGAGCAUCCCUACGACGCGUCCAAGGACUCCAUCCUGCGGCGGGCCAAGGGCAUGUUCUCGGCCGACGACUUCCGAUAAACGGCCCAAUUGUCCCGUGGCCCCAAAGUGGGCUCGCUUCCUAGUAUGUGAAAAUGUGUCAAGUGACUCGCUGUGUUGUCUUUUAAAUGAUAAAGUCGAAUCGAUGUGA